AUGUCUAGUGGCAACAAUGGAGCUAAAAAGGCUGAAGAAUUACAUCCUCAUCCAGUUAUGGAACAACUUAAGAAUGUACAAUACUGUGUUAAUAGCCCACCACCUUGGGGGGAAGCAUUGUUAUUGGGGUUUCAGCAUUACAUAUUGAGUCUUGGUAAUAUUGUCUUAUUUCCAAGUAUCAUAGUUCCUCAAAUGGGUGGUGGCAAUGAUGAGAAGGCAAAAAUAGUACAGACAUUGCUUUUUACUUCAGGAGUGAAUACAUUACUCCAAUCCUUAUUUGGGACCAGAUUGCCAUUGGUAAUGGGAGGUUCAUAUGCAUACUUGAUACCAAUGAUCUCAAUUAUCCAGGCUAAUAAGUUCUCAGUUCUUCAGGAUCCUGAGCUGAGGUUUAUGCAUACAAUGAGGAGCAUACAGGGCGCUCUUAUUGUUACUUCUAGUUUCCAAAUUCUACUGGGCUUCCUUGGCCUGUGGAGAAAUGUUGUAAGGUUACUUAGCCCUCUAUCUGUGGCACCACUUGUUACCUUUACUGGACUAGGGCUCUACCAUCUUGGCUUUCCAUUGAUUGCAGAAUGUAUUGAAGUUGGGAUACCACAUUUAAUUUUCAUGGUUGUCAUCACACAGUAUCUACCAACAUAUCUCAAAUUAAAGAGGCCCAUAUGUGACCGGUUUGCAAUGCUCUUCUCUAUAGCAAUUGUAUGGUUUUAUGCAGCAAUCUUGACCUGGAGUGGUGCAUACAAGAAUGAAAAUGAAGCAAAUUGCCGCACUGAUAGCUCUGGACUCAUUGCUGGAUCUCCUUGGAUCGACCUGCCAUAUCUAUUCCUAUGGGGGGUUCCAACUUUCAAAUUUGGAGAUGCUUUUACCAUGAUGAUCGCUUCUUUUGUUGCUUCUGUGGAGUCAACUGGUGUAUUUCAUGCAUCAGCGAGAUAUGGAAGCGCUACACCAGUGCCACCUUCUGUCAUUAGCCGGGGUGUUGGCUGGCUGGGGAUUGGGACUAUGCUAAAUGCCGUUUUUGGUGGUGUCACUGGUUGCGCUGCUACAGCGGAAAACGCUGGUCUAUUGGCAAUGACAAGAGUUGGAAGCCGAAGAGUUGUGCAAAUAUCUGCUGGUUUUAUGAUUUUCUUCUCCAUCUUAGGAAAAUUUGGAGCACUCUUUGCUUCAAUACCUGCAUCAAUCAUGGCUGCAAUGUAUUGUAUCUUCUUUGGAUACAUGUCAUCAGCUGGUCUUGGAUUUCUCCAAUUCUGUAACCUUAACAGCUUUAGAACAAACUUCAUAUUGGGAUUUUCUCUUUUUCUGGGAUUUUCCUUACCACAAUACUUCAGAGAGCAUCACAUGUAUUCUGUAUCUGGUCCUCUUCAUACAAAUUCAAGAUGGUUCAAUGACACAAUGUCUGUCAUCUUCAUGUCACACGCCACGAUAGCUGCUGCAGUUGCUGUAUUUUUGGAUAGGACUCUUCCAUUUAGUAACGAUGAAGCUCGAAAAGACAGUGGCUUGCAUUGGUGGGACAAGUUUGUGGUAUAUACUAAAGAUGUUAGAAGUGAUGAGUUUUAUAAAUUACCAUGCCAACUUAAUAGGUUCUUCCCACCUUAUUAG